UGUCACUAUUCAGUGGUGUGUGUCUGUGUGAGAACUGAGAAUCUAGGCGCCCAACAGUUGAGAAGCGGGAAAAGCUUGUAACACACUACUCCCAAGUCCCAGAUUUUCUUGGGCAGGACAAUCUGAAACAGUUUAAUCUGCUUGCAUUACAGAUAUGUCAGAUAUUAGGAAAUGGUUUAUGAAGAAACAUGAUAAUGAUAAGGGUAGUGCCAAUGCUGCCAAGCCAGCCGCAACGAAGCCGGCUUCCGGAAAACCUUCUGCCGGUACUUCAGAAGCCCAGAAAGCGGGAGGUGAAGAAAGUGGCGGUAGAAGGAAAACAAGCAAAUAUUUCGAUAAAGAUCAACAGAAGUCUCAAACUGAAAAAGUGGAGGUGCCAGCCAAAAGGAAGACUCAGAAGGGAGAUGAGGAUACCCAUGUUAGUAUUAAACCUUCACCUGCAAAGAAGGUUCAGAAAGUAGAGGAGGAAGAUGAUGACGACGACUUUACUCCAAUUAGCACCAAAAAGAAGUCAGCUGAGGCUACGCCUAGCAAAAGACUUAAGGGAAAUUCAGGAAGGGGUAUUGCUAAGAAAGAAGUGGAUGCUGAAGAAAGUGAUGAGGAAAUGGAUGAGGACAAGGAGACGCAAACUCCUGUCAAAUCUGCUGGAAGGGGCCGUGGUAGGGGAACAGCAUCUGCCGCUGCUCCGAGUGGAAGAGGAAGGGGAGCUGGUGGACGGGGCGGAUUCAUGAACUUUGGCGAGAGAAAAGAUCCACCCCAUAAAGGAGAAAAGGAAGUUCCUGAAGGCACACCUGACUGUUUAGCUGGGCUGACUUUUGUAAUUUCUGGAACACUUGACAGUUUGGAAAGAGAAGAAGCAGAAGAUUUGAUCAAGAGACAUGGAGGUCGUGUGACAGGAUCUGUCAGCAAGAAGACGAAUUAUCUUUUAUGCGAUGAGGAUAUUGGGGGACGGAAAUCUGCUAAAGCGAAAGAAUUAGGAACAUCCUUUCUUACAGAGGAUGGUUUAUUCGAUAAGAUCCGUGCAUCCAACAAAUCAAAAACAUCUGCUCGAGACAAUUUAAAUAAACCAUCGGAAAGCACUCCAUCAUCAGCAGCAAAGAACAUUCAGCAGAAUGUAAAUGUGAAAAAAGCUGAGGGGGGAAGCUUUUCUGCCAACAAGGCUCCUAAGUCUUCAGCACAUCCUUCCCCUGCUAAGAAGAAGGAUCUUUCAAAGGAAGGUGCUUCCUCCACAUGGACAGAAAAAUACAGGCCCAAAGUUCCAAAUGAUAUAAUUGGCAAUCAGACAAUUGUUAAAGGUCUUCAUGAUUGGUUAUCAAAUUGGAAUGAGCAAUUUUUGCAUAAUAAAGGAAAAGGGAAAAAACAAAGCAAUUCUUCUGAGAAAAAGGCUGUCUUGAUGAGUGGAAAUCCGGGUAUAGGGAAAACUACUUCAGCAAAGUUAGUUAGUAAAAUGCUGGGGUGUGAAACAAUUGAGGUGAAUGCCAGUGAUAAUCGUGGAAAGGCUGAUUCGGUAAUUGGUAAGGGAAUUGGGGGAAGCACUGCAAAUUCCAUAAAGGAGCUUAUAAGUAAUAAGUUACUUCGUGAUAAUCCGCAUAGGUCAAAGCACCCCGAGACUGUUCUGAUUAUGGAUGAGGUUGAUGGCAUGUCGGCUGGUGAUAGAGGUGGGGUUGCAGACCUAAUUGCUAGCAUCAAGAUAUCCAAAAUCCCAAUUAUCUGCAUUUGUAAUGAUCGCUACAGUCAGAAACUGAAAAGUCUUACAAACUACUGUUUGCCGUAUAACUUCCGGAAGCCCACAAAACAACAGAUGGCGAAAAGGUUGUUGCAGAUUGCAAAUGCGGAAGGGCUUCAAGUGAAUGAGAUUGCUUUGGAAGAGCUGGCAGAGAGAUGUAAUGGAGAUAUGCGCAUGGCUGUGAACCAGCUGCAAUAUAUGAGCUUGUCUACUUCAGUUAUCAAAUAUGAUGAUAUUAGACAACGCCUUCUUAGCAGUGCUAAGGAUGAAGACAUUUCACCAUUUACUGCUGUGGAUAAGCUGUUUGGUUUUAAUGGUGGGAAGUUGAGGAUGGAUGAACGGAUUGACUUGAGCAUGAGUGACCUUGAUUUGGUUCCUCUUCUUAUCCAGGAAAAUUACAUUAAUUAUCGGCCAAGCUCUGUGGGGAAAGAUGAUAGUGGGAUGAAAAGAAUGAGCUGUCUUGCCCGUGUAGCUGAAUCAAUUGCUAAUGGAGAUAUUAUUAAUGUACAAAUCAGAAGAUACAGGCAGUGGCAGCUCUCUCUAAGUAGCUGUGUCUCUUCCUGCAUAAUUCCUGCCUCAUUGAUGCAUGGACAGAGGGAGACAUUAACACAGGGUGAAAGAAACUUCAAUAGAUUUGGUGGUUGGCUCGGGAAGAAUUCAACUAUGGGAAAGAAUUCAAGGAUCUUGGAGGAUCUUCAUGUCCAUAUGCUUGCAUCUAGAGACUCUUAUUUAGGGAGGGGAACUUUACGUCUUGAUUGCCUUACACUUCUUACUAAAAAAUUAACUGAACCACUUCGGGUUCUUCCCAAGGAGGAAGCUGCAAAAGAAGUUGUUGAAUUUAUGGAUGCUUACUCAUUAAGUAUGGACGACUAUGAGACGCUUAUGGAGUUGUCGAAAUUUCAGGGACACCCUACUCCAACAGAAGGUAUAUUGCCAGCAGUUAAAUCUGCUCUAACAAGGGCAUAUAAAGAAGGUAGCAGUUCGCGUGUGGUACGGACAGCAGACAUGAUAACCCUUCCUGGUUUUAAAAAGGCUCCAAAGAAGAGAAUUGCUGCUAUCUUAGAGCCUGUUGACGAAGUCGGCGAGGCAAAUGGCGACAUCGACGGGGAAAAUGAGGAAGAAAACACCGAAGAUGCAGAUGAUUUGGAGGAUUCUGACGGUGGGAAAAAAAUCAAGUUGGAUCUUGAGAGUAACCAUGCAAAAGGGAUCCAAGUACAAUUGGACUUGAAAAGUGUUGGAAGUUCUGGCACCAAAAAGACUCAAAAGGCCUCGACAGGAAGAGGCAAGGGAGGUGCUGCUGAGCCAGCAUCAGGAAAGAGAGGUGGUCGUGGAUCAAAAUCUGCUGCAAAGAGGAAGAGAUGAUCGCUGGACAGUAACAAAGUUUGAAGACUUUGCGAAUGUGCAGUUUUUUUCAUGUGUAAAUCGUGCUUCCUGUAUUUCUUUGCGAAUGUUCAGUCUCCUCUUAAUGCUGUAGCGUACGUAUCCUAUCAAAAUUUUGUCUAUAUGUGCUGAUAGGAUGAGUUGGUUCAGAAAUUGAAGGAGCAUAAUUUGAUCAUUCAGCUCCAAUUAAAACAGGAAAUGCUUAAUAGUGAUGCCGAGGUCCUUUCCUUUUGACUAAAA